GCAAAACUCCAAAAAAUUAAGAUAACGAAUGUGGUUAACUGCAUGCUAGUCCCUUGAAUCGUCCUUAGUUGCCACACAGCCCCUCACAUAUAAGUAUUUGCUUACUAGUCCCUUAAAUCUUCAAUUCCCUUGCAAAUUCUUUUCUCUAUUAGAUAUUCUGUUAAUAUUGUUAACUCUAGUUGGGUUUAGCCUUGAACCGACAUGGAAAGCUAUUUAACUGCACACUUGAGAGGGGAAUUUUACCAUUAGAACAACUCAAAACUGGAUUUGAGGAAGUUACGACUAUUGAAGAAGAUCUUUGUUAGUGGGUUUGAGUUGCGGUUUGUAGGUUUAAACUCAUUGUUAAACGGGUCGGUAAAAUAAUAAUUACAAAUACUACCAGAUAUAACGGGAAAUCCAGUCAUUUCUAUUGGACUUUAUGAGAUUUCACAGUAAAAAUUAACGUCACCAAACAAGAGAGAUGGAUUUGCCAUAAAAUUGAAGAUUUGAGGGACUAGCAAAUAAUGAGAUUUGAGGGAUUUUGUGGUAAUUAAAGACGAGUUAAGGGACUAACACGCAAUUUACAGUAAAGAAUUUUCCCACGCUCUACCAGUCUCAUCAGAGCGCGUUGAACCCGGGCCCUCGCCAUGGCGGACUCCCACCCCGCCGAGGAUCGCCUCAGCAACCUCCCCGGCGACCUCCUCAUCCAAAUCCUCUCCUUCCUCCCCUCCAUCGAACUCCGCGCCCAAACCUCCGUCCUCUCCGAGAAAUGGCGUCAUCUCUGGACCUCGUCCCUCUCCUCGACUUCUACCCUCCCACCCCACCGCCGUCAUCGACCGCUGCCUCCUCCUCUUCUCCGGCCCACCUCGUCCGCCUCCGCAUCGACUCCUCCGCCGACGACCGCCCACCCGUCGCGUCCUUCGACCGCUGGCUCCGGCUUCGCCGCCUCGAGAUCCGUCAACGACCUCGUUCUGUCCUUCGAUGGCUUCCACCAUCACCCUACUGAAAACCCCCAGCUCCCUCCUUCUCUCUUCCUCUGCCGCAGCCCGAUCUCUUCUCUCAAGCUCAGCUGCUGUACUUUCCCCCGAGUUGACGAUGAUUUCCUAGGGUUUCCUUCUCUCAAGACUCUCUUCUUGGUGAACGUCCUCAUCACUGACGAGGCAGUGGACCUCUUGAUCUCGAAAAGCCCCCUUCUUCAAACCCUAAACCUCGAUUGCUGCCCUGAGGUUACUCGAAUCGAGAUAUCUCCAGCGCGAAACCCUCUCAUCGAGAAUCUGAAGGUGGCUAUCUGUAGGAUCACGGAGAGCGUCGGUAUGGUGGUCGUUGAUGCGCCGCGUUUGAGAUUCUUUGAUUACAAUGGGAAGAUUGAGAAGCUCAAGCUUAGGGAUGCGCCGAGGCUGGUCGGAGCUGAGGUUUCCGCUUUCAGCUUGGAACUUUGCCAGUCGAAGGGGCAAUGGAUGCAUAUUCUAUCAGCAAUUUCGAGUGUGGAGGUUCUCUUUGUCAGCAAUUGGUUCUUUCAGCUCGAUUUUUAUACAUCACUGAUGCGUGAAGCGGAGGAACAACAAGACCAAAUUGAUGACUAUUAUCCUGAUGAUGAUGUCGGACCUGUUGAGGUGGAACUUCGGGAGGAUUCUGGCGAACCUCCUAUUGAGAAGGAUAAACCAUUUGAGAGAUUCUUUGCGGAUGGUGGUUGCUCUCUCCCUCGGCUGUUAACGGCUACUAUAAUGGAUUUCUCAGGCUUGAAUGAGGAAAUGCAGUUUCUGAGAUUUAUUUUGCAGAAAGCAACUAAUUUGGAGUUGUUAUGUCUAACUCUUACGUGCUCAACUGCUGGGGUAGAGGCGCUUUCUAAAAGGAUAUACGGUGUUCCCUUUUCUUCUCCAAAUCUCAAGAUAAACUUGUUUGCCAAGUGGCAUUCGGAUAAACUGGGUUUCAAGACAUAUCAGCAUUUGUGGGAUCUCUAAAUCAGCUUGUUAUAUGAUAAAUAUAUCCAGUGUGAUA